CCAUUCACAUUCACAUUCACAUUCACGUUCACAUUCACAUCCAAAUCCUCUUACAAUGUAUCUCUCUGAAGCCUCCUCCCCCAUCUUCCCCAUUCCCACCACCAUGCGCCGCUCUCAUACCAUGUCCAAAUUCAACCCCUACCACCAUCUCAGCGUCUCCCUCAACCCCGACGGCUCCCUCUCCCGCCUCCUCCACCUCCCCGCCUUCUCCUCCCCUGCCCCUGCCGACCCCGUUUCCUUCAAAGACCUCCCCCUCAACCCCUCCUCCUCCACCUCCCUCCGCCUCUUCCGCCCCACCAACAUCCCCGCCAACGACGGCGUCGUCGCCCGUCUCCCCAUCCUCAUUUACCUUCACCACGGCGGCUGGAUCCUCCACACCGCUUCCGACCUCAUUACUCACCGCAACUGCGCCGACCUUGUCGCCCAAAUCCCCGCUAUUGCCAUCUCUGUCAACUACCGCCUCGCCCCCGAGAGCCGCCUCCCGGCUCAGUACGACGACGCCGCCGACGCUCUCCUCUGGGUCAAAACCCAAAUGACGGAUCCCCACGGCCACCCAUGGCUCAAGGAUUUUGGCGACUUCUCCCGCUGUUACCUUUACGGCGUCGGCUGCGGCGGCAACAUUGCCUUCUUCGCUGGACUCAAGGCUGCGGCCUCGGCCUCUCAUCUCGACCCUCUGAAGGUCGCCGGAAUCGUCAUGAACCAGCCCAUGUUCGGAGGAGUUCAGAGGACUAAUUCCGAGCUCCGAUUUGCGACCGACCAAUUGUUGCCGCUGCCGGUGCUGGAUCUCAUGUGGGAACUCGCGCUGCCCAAGGGGAUGGAUCAGGACCAUCGCUACUGCAAUCCAAUGGUGGGGGGCCCUCACAAGGACUUGAUCGGACAGCUGGGACGGUGCCUGGUCAUCGGGUUCGGCGGAGAUCCAAUGGUUGACCGACAGCAGGAUUUUGUGAAGAUGUUGACCGGAUGUGGAGCCCAGGUGCUGGCAUGGUUUGAUGACAUGGGAUUUCAUAACGUUGACCUCAUUGACCAUCGACGGGCUGCUGCGGUCAUGAGUCUCGUUAAGGAAUUUAUUAUUUGAUUUAUUUUAAAAUCCCAAAACAAAACGAAAAAUAACUCAAUUUAACCUUCUUUAAAAUUACAAUCAAAAGUAUAUUUAAUCCCUAGUGGUAAUUGUAAAUUAAAGGUUUUAAGAA